UCUCACGCCUUUCUCCAAAGCCCAGCACUGGAGGCCAAUGAAAGGGGAAUUUCCAGUGUGAGAACUGUCAUGUGUCCAGCUGUGUAAUGCUGGGUCGCUGUGCAUGUGCCUCAAUUUCAUGUUUUCCUUUCAGGUGGGUCUGUUGGACCUGGAACUCAAUCAGCUGACCAAAGCACUGUUCCUGGCGUUAGUGGCUCUCUCAGUUGUCAUGGUAACCCUGCAAGGAUUUGUAGGCCCCUGGUACCGCAAUCUCUUUCGAUUCCUCCUCCUGUUUUCCUACAUCAUUCCCAUCAGUUUGCGUGUGAACUUGGACAUGGGCAAAGCAGCAUACGGGUGGAUGGUGAUGAGGGAUGAAAACAUCCCCGGCACAGUGGUCCGGACCAGCACCAUCCCGGAGGAGCUGGGCCGCCUGGUGUACCUGCUCACGGAUAAGACAGGAACUCUCACCCAGAACGAAAUGGUAUUUAAGCGGCUGCAUCUGGGCACUGUGUCCUAUGGGACAGACACGAUGGAUGAGAUCCAGAGCCACGUCAGGAGCUCCUAUGCACAGCUGCACUCUCAGGCCAGUGGGAACACCACCAGUUCAACUCCACCAAGGAAAGCCCAGGCUUCGGGCCCCAAGGUUAGGAAAAGUGUGAGCAGCCGCGUCCACGAAGCGGUGACUGCCAUUGCACUGUGCCACAACGUGACGCCGGUGUACGAGUCUCGCGCCAGCACGACCGGGGAGACCGAGUACGCGGAGGUGGACCAGGAUUUCAGCGACGAGAACCGCACCUACCAGGCCUCCAGCCCCGACGAGGUGGCCCUGGUGCAGUGGACGGAGAGCGUCGGCCUCACCCUGGUCAACAGAGACCUCACAUCCAUGCAGCUGAGGACGCCUGGUGGCCAGAUCCUGACCUACUGCGUGCUGCAGAUGUUCCCUUUCACGUCCGAGGGCAAGCGCAUGGGCAUCAUCGUCAGGGACGAGUCCACGGCUGAAAUCACCUUCUACAUGAAAGGUGCCGACGCCGUCAUGUCCACCAUCGUCCAGUACAACGACUGGCUGGAGGAGGAGUGCGGAAACAUGGCCCGGGAAGGCCUGCGCACCCUCGUGGUCGCGAAGAGGGCGCUUACGGAGGAGCAGUACCAGGACUUCGAGAGCCGCUACCUGCAGGCGAAGCUGAGUGUGCACGACCGGGCGCUGAAGGUGGCUGCGGUGGUGGAGAGCCUGGAGCGGGAGAUGCAGCUGCUGUGCCUGACGGGCGUGGAGGACCGGCUGCAGGCGGACGUGCGGCCCACCCUGGAGAUGCUGCGCAACGCGGGCAUCAAGGUAUGGAUGCUAACAGGCGAUAAGCUCGAGACAGCCACCUGCAUCGCCAAGAGCUCACACUUGGUGUCGAGAACACAGGACAUUCACGUCUUCAGACCCGUGGCCAGUCGAGGGGAGGCCCAUCUGGAGCUGAACGCCUUCCGAAGGAAGCAUGACUGUGCGCUGGUCAUAUCCGGGGACUCCCUGGAGGUGUGUCUGCGGUACUACGAGCAUGAGCUCGUGGAGCUGGCCUGCCAGUGCCCGGCCGUGGUGUGCUGCCGCUGCUCGCCCACGCAGAAGGCCCGCAUCGUGAAGCUGCUGCAGCAGCACACGCGCAAGCGCACCUGCGCCAUAGGUGAUGGAGGAAACGACGUGAGCAUGAUCCAGGCCGCCGACUGUGGGAUCGGGAUCGAGGGCAAGGAGGGGAAGGCAGCCUCGCUGGCGGCGGACUUCUCCAUCACACAGUUCAAGCAUAUCGGCCGGCUGCUCAUGGUGCAUGGGCGGAGCAGCUACAAGAGGUCGGCGGCCCUGGGCCAGUUCGUCAUGCACAGGGGCCUCGUCAUCUCCACCAUGCAGGCUGUGUUCUCCUCCGUCUGCUACUUCGCGUCAGUCCCACUGUAUCAGGGCUUCCUCAUGGUGGGGUAUGCAACCAUCUACACCAUGUUCCCCGUGUUCUCGCUGGUGCUGGACCAGGAUGUGAAACCGGACAUGGCCAUGCUGUACCCCGAGCUCUACAAGGACCUCACCAAGGGCCGGUCCUUGUCCUUCAAGACCUUCCUCGUCUGGGUGCUGGUCAGCAUUUACCAAGGCGGCAUCCUCAUGUAUGGGGCGCUGGUGCUCUUUGAGUCUGAGUUUGUCCAUGUCGUGGCCAUCUCAUUCACGGCCCUCAUCCUCACCGAGUUGCUGAUGGUGGCUCUGACGGUCCGGACGUGGCACUGGCUGAUGGUCGUGGCCGAGUUCCUCAGCCUCGGCUGCUACGUGGCCUCGCUCGCUUUUCUCAAUGAAUAUUUUGACCUCGCCUUCAUCACCACGGCGACCUUCAUGUGGAAGGUGUCGGCCAUCACCGUGGUCAGCUGCCUCCCGCUCUACGUCCUCAAGUACUUGAAGCGCAAGCUGUCCCCGCCCAGCUACUCCAAGCUGACCUCCUAGCGCCCCGCCGCCCCUGGACCGCCCGGUUUCCCUGGAGAAGCCCGGCCCUCCCGGCGCUGGACUCCCGCGGCCGCGCCGCACGGAGCCUGUUUACCUGCAGUCCCCCGGCGCCCGGGGCGGCGGCGCCGCAGACACUCCUGCUUAACUCAAUAAACCAGAUGCUGAAGCCGCGGGUGUCCUGCGGCUCCGGACCGUGCGCCCGCGGGGUGCCCCGCGUCCCCCCUCCGGCCCGCGCCGCUGCUCAGUCCAGCGGGGGAACUGAGGGCGUUUCUGCGCCGCGUCCUGGGGCGGGCAGGGGGUCCCCAGGGCACCGCUUCUGAGGUUCUCACGCGGGACGUCA